GUCCAUCAAUGAAAUAGUAAAGAGAGGGAGAUUCUGGGAGGGAGAAAAGGAGAGAGAGACUGAAAGCAUUCCCGACUGCAUUCGCAAGGAAGAGAUUCCUUUGUUAGGAAAGACCAAGACCAUAAAAGGAUCAGAAUGAAGUUUAUUAUUGGAAUAGGAGGUGUGACCAAUGGAGGCAAGACAACUUUGACGGGAAGACUCAUAAAGAACUUACCAAACUGUUGUGUUGUACAUCAAGAUGAUUUUUUCAAGCCCCAAGAUCAAAUAGAGCUCGGGGAGGACGGCUUUAAACAAUGGGAUGUGAUCACCGCCUUGGACAUGGACGCCAUGGUGAACACGGUUAAGGGAUGGAUGGAGAACCCGGUCAAGUUCGCACGCUCUCACGGCGUGACCGUUUCGCCCGACGGCUCGGACCCCGAGCGCGAGAUCCACAUACUUAUUAUAGAGGGAUUUCUUCUUUAUAAUUACAAGCCUUUGCUUGACGUCUACAACAAGUGCUACUAUGUCACCAUUCCAUACGAGGAGUGCAAAAGGAGAAGAAGUACGAGAACUUACACCGUUCCUGACCCACCCGGUCUGUUUGACGGCCACGUGUGGCCUAUGUACUUGAAACACAGGCUGCAGAUGGAAAACUGCGGUUUGGAUAUCCAAUAUGUGGAUGGGAUGAGAACAAAAGAUGAGCUCUAUAACCAGGUUUAUGAAGACAUUCAGAACUCACUGUUGAAUGUCUUAUAGCAUCUCCAGUUGGAAUGAAGAUGUGUGUGUAUAGAACUGUAAAUAGCAUCACAAGUAGAUAUUCUGCCACUAGAUGAAUUUUGUAAAUAAAUACUAACUUAUUUUAAAAGUGAUGGCAAAAGCCUGUAAUUUUAUAUUGCUCUGUGUAACUUUGUUUUGUUAAAAACAAGCAUUACUCUCUGGGAUGCCCAGAAAUGAAAAGUGUAUGGCAAUUCUAUCUUUGUUUUCAUUUCACUGUAACUAAAGCUCUAUUAUCUUCAAUCAGAAAAGACAUUUGAACACUUUCUGUCUUGUGUUUUCAUUCUCAACAUGCAUGAAAACCAAGUUUUUGUGAUUACAGUGUCUGGACUGUGAUUGAGGAAUAUAAUGGGCAAAGCAUAAAAUAUUUGAUUCAAUUAUGAAAUAAAAAAUGUUGAAAUAAAAAUACAGUAAAUAUACA